UCUAAUACUGGAUUAACACUACAACAAGUUAUAGAUGAUAUAAUGACUCCAGAAGAUCCAGCUCCAAAAAGAUUAGUAGAAACUAGAAGAAUUUCUGACCAAGAUUUAUGUAUCAAUCAUCUUGCUAUUAUUCCAGAAACUUAUCUAUAUCAAGAAGAUCCCUUAGUCAUGUUCGAGAAUGUUGAAGACCAAAUUAGCGAUGUUUAUAGAAGAAAAUUAGCUCAAUUAGAAGGAGGGCAUUUUGGACAUCGAAUAGAUCAAGACAUAGCAUUUCCAAGUAAAAUUUUAGAUAUUAUUCGCCAGGAUAGAAUAGACCAAACAGUUUCACGAAUAAUUAACCCUCAAAAUACAGACGAAAGAUGUUUCGAAGCAUAUAUAAAAGCUUAUUUAGCAAGUGAAGAGGCCUGUAGACAAGGUCAAAAAGCAAGAAAUCUUCAUGAUAUUAGUAGACUACAACGCUUUAAUAAUAUACUAGACUUCUCUGAUAUAAAUUUUCCAUCCACAUUACAUGAUAUCAAUAUAUUCGAAGAAAAUAAUCUAAAUUACACAGUAAAUAUAUUCUAUCCUGCGCCAGAAAAAAAUGAUAAAGAGCAAGCAACUAGAAAGUUGGAUCUACUCUGUUUAUCGGAGUAUAAUUAUCAAAGAGAGUAUAUGGUAGAUUUAAUUUUAUUUACUGAAGGAGAAGAAGAUUUGAGGGAUCGCCAUCGAAAUAAUCUUAAUGCUGGGCAAAAAGAAAUCUUUCUAGAAAAAGAUCUUGAAGCAGAUAGUGAUCCAGUAGAGAAUAACAUUAUCAAUGAAAAGACCGUUAAACUACAGAAGCAGAAGCCUAAUAGUUAUGGCUAUACAUUGAUCCAAACAGAUGGGAAGCUUGCAAAAGAAAUUGUUAGGCGAACUCUAAACUCAAUUGCAGAGUCAUAG